CUACAAGCGCUUGUCAGCUGCCAUAUAGCGAGGCAACGUGAGCUGGAAACGAUUCUUUUCUCGGACUUCAGCGUGGCUGCCACGGUUUUUGUGCAGUUGUGUAAAGACUGCACCGUGCACAUUAACUCAAAACAGCAAUAGCAGUGAAGUUGCGUCGGCGCAGACCGCUUUGAACGACGACUGGAAGCUGGUUGUUGCUUGUUGCACGGUUAGCGUGGCUCACUGAUAGCCAACGUCCGUCGUUAAGUUUAGGUUGCCCUGCUUUGUAGGGUUGGGGGUAAGUGUUGACUCAUGACUAUGACUGCAGAGGAGCAGACAGGCGGAGGACAACACACCAUGGAGGGCGAAGACAUAACGCCAAAGAAAGAUGGGGGUGUUUUAAAGCUGGUCAGAAGAGAAGGAACAGGCUCAGAGUUCCCCAUGACUGGUGACAAAGUGUUUGUCCAUUAUGUUGGUACACUUCUGGAUGGGACACACUUUGACUCCAGCAGAGAUAGGGGAGAGAAGUUUUCCUUUGAACUGGGCAAAGGCCAAGUGAUAAAGGCAUGGGACAUCGGCGUGGCCACGAUGAAAGUGGGAGAGUUGUGCCAGCUGGUUUGUAAACCAGAAUAUGCAUAUGGAUCUGCAGGCAGCCCACCAAAGAUACCACCCAACGCCACUCUUCUUUUUGAGGUGGAGCUGUUUGAAUUUCGAGGAGAGGACAUAACGGAUGAUGAAGAUGGAGGGAUCAUUCGCCGUAUUAUCACCAAAGGGGAGGGUUAUUCCAAACCCAAUGAAGGAGCAGUUGUAGAAGUCACUGUGGAGGGCACCUGUGACGAGCGCUUAUUUGACCAGAGAGAACUGAAGUUUGAGAUUGGGGAUGGAGAGAGCUUCCAUUUGCCAGCUGGUGUGGAGAAAUCUAUCAUGGCUAUGGAGCAGGGAGAAGAGGCUCUCUUCACUAUCAAGCCCAAAUAUGGCUUUGGAAAUGCUGGAAGUGAAAAGUACAACAUUCCUGGUGGAGCAACACUGAAAUACAAGAUAAAGCUGACAGACUUUGAGAAGGCUAAGGAAUCAUGGGAAAUGAACACCUUAGAAAAGCUGGAGCAAAGCAGUAUCGUCAAAGAGAAGGGAACACAAUAUUUUAAGGAGGGAAAACACAAGCACGCAUCUGUUCAGUACAAAAAGAUUGUUUCCUGGUUGGAACACGAGUCCAGCCUGUCAGAAGAGGAUGAUAAGAAAGCAAAAGCGUUGCGGCUAGCUGCACACCUGAACUUGGCCAUGUGCUACCUUAAAAUGCAGGAACCAAACCAAGCUUUGGAAAACUGUAACAAGGCACUGGAAAUUGACUCCUCCAAUGAAAAAGCCUUGUUCCGAAGAGGAGAGGCACUGUUCUGUAUGAAAGAGUUUGAUGGUGCGAGGAACGACUUCCAGCGAGUUGUUCAUCUGUAUCCUGCCAACAAGGCUGCAAAGAGUCAAGUGCUCCUGUGUCAUAAACGUCUGAAAGAGCAGCACGAGAAGGACAAACGCAUCUAUGCCAACAUGUUCCAAAAAUUUGCAGAGAGGGAUUCGAAGAAAGAAGCGGAGAAAGUGAAGACUGAGAGCAAAGAGAGCGGUGAUGAAGAAAUGGAGGUUGAAAAUGGUGAAAAGGAAGCUGCGAGUGAAGUGAAGGCGUAGAUGAAGAUGUGACUUUCAUGUGAUUCAACUGUAGUUAGACUUUUUUAACUGGCCAUUUGUGUUAAAGGAGUGAUUUUGAGUGUAUGUAUAUAAAAAUGUGUAUGAGUGAGAGUCGCUAAGAGCACUGACUUCAGGCGUGUCUUUGGCCUUUCGUUGUGACCGAGCUCUUUGGUGUGGCAGCUAGCUGAGUGAGUGGGGCUUCCUCAGCUGAUGGCACUGUGGGAUAUGGAUUUAUUAAAUGAAUCGAGUGCCAUUACCCCAGCUUUGAACCCUUUUAGCCCACAGCUUGGAACCGUGCAUGUUGAUUUCACAGAAGUGAGUUGGAACAAAAAUGCAUCCCAGGUGUUGCGUGCAGAAUUUCAAACUGCCUCACCCAUAAAGGGCUAGACCAUCCAUUUCUCUUGCAUCACCCUCCACCAUCCUCAUUUUUGCUAUCCAUCCUAGCCUCUGCUCAUGGGCCUACUGAUCAAUUCCUAGAGCAGUGAUGGCUGUGUGUUGAUCCCGUGUGUUUUGAAUGUUAGUGCCUGUGUCCUAAAGUAUGUACGUAGCAGCACUGUGGACUGGCGGAGUAAUAAACCUGGAAUAGCACUCGGACAUCAAACCACUUUCAGCAUAAACGCGGAGCUCUUAUAACCUCUAGGGUACAGGACUGUUCACUUUGUUCUUUGGAAAUAUUGACUUUGUACCUUUACUUUCCUAGUGUUGUGCUUGUGAUUUCUGUAUAAACAAAAAGUGAUUGCGUUACAGAACCGUGUGCAUAAGCUCUGUUCAGUUUAGUAACCGGUGCCUACGAGGACAAACAUUACCGUAAAUUAGAUGUCUAAUUUUAAGAGGAGCUUUUCUGAGUUUCUUUGUUGGGAAAAGUCUGUUCAGUUUGUCUUGA